GCCGUGCAGAGCUCACCUCUCCUGCCCGGAGCAACGUCACCUCCAGCCCCAUCCUCUGCCAGACUCAGAAGCAAAAUGCAGCGGCUGCACCUCCUCUGCCUCAGCCUCCUGGUCCUGGGAUGUAUCCUGAAUGUGCACGGCGGGAACAACGUCCUUGACUGCUGCCUGCGGACGAGCGAGACGCCCAUCCCGCGGCGGAUAGUGCAGGACUACCGGCUCCAGCUGGUGCAGGAUGGCUGCAACAUCCCGGCUGCUGUGUUCAUCACCACAAAGGGCAAACGUCUCUGUGCCCCGCUCCAAGCCCCAUGGGUGAUUCACCUCCGAGAGAAGCUGGAUGCCAUCUCUGCCAGGAAGGCCAAAGCCCAAGGCAAGUAGUCUCCAAAGAAACCCAUAGCUGGCCCCAGAGCCUGGAGCGGGGCUGGCUCCCAGCUGUGAAUCUGAACCAAAUGGAGCUGACCUGCUUCCACCUUCAGCCACAAGGCCAACCCUCCUUGGGACUUGUGCCAGUGCACAGAGCUGGGCAAAGUCCUGUCUGUUCUCUCUUCUUCCCUCUCUCUCUGGUGGGAUCCAGCAACCUGCAUCAGGCUGAGCCAGGGCUGCUGGACCAGAACCUUUGCAGCCUGGAAGCCAGUUGAUGGACUGUCCUGGGAGACAAGUUUGGGGGGGGCGGGGGGUUAUCUCAGCCUUCCCUUGCAACAGCUGUGAUCUCCAGCACCAGUCUGGUCCCUUUGGUUUCCAGCAUCAGCCCCCAAACUUCUGCAGUCCUUCUGCAUCCUUGGCUGCCAGGACAGAACAGUGUGGGGAUGGAGUGGAGGAAUGGGGAUGUUCCUUGCUGGCCAUGUACUCUGCUGCUCCCCCACUGAGCCCAACAUAGAUGUUCCCAGGCAGAGCAUGGCCUCUCUCUUGCCCUGACUUCCCUGCACUGUUUCUCCUCCUGCCUUUCCUUACCUGGGUAGAAAUGUGGCGGUGGCAGAGUGGGCAGUGAUGUUGCACUCCUCAGGGACAUUGCCCCUGUUCUUGGUCCCCCCGGACUGCCACUGUGCUCACAGCCUGGGCUUUGGGAUGCAUGAGCAGUGUUUGUUUCACUCUCAGGUAUUUGCUGCUAGAUCUGUUUGAUGAAACAAUUAUGUGUGUCAGCUGCUUCUUUUCUUUCUUUUUUUUUUUAUCAUGCUGUGAUUUUGUUAAAUAAAAAGAAAAAAGCAGUG